AUGAUUGGGGGGGGGGGGGGGAGUUCGAGCACCCGGCAAGCGGAGCGGCGGCCACCUUCAACCCCGGAUUCAGUUUCCGGGCACAGAAAUGGUGCCCGGAGGCCGCUACUUUCGCAUCUGCGUCGCUUCUGCCUCCGCCGACACGGCCUCCCUCCCCUCCCCCACGGGCGGGGCGACGACCGGGAACCAGGGCCGCAAACCAGCGGGGGGCCAGGCUGGUGGGCUUCCCACCCUGAAAUUGCGUCUGCAGAAGCCCACCGGCCGGCUUCGCGGCUUGGCGCCUGUCGGCGCGCUCCUGGAGCUGCGGCGGACAGGGUCCCGCCGAGCAGCCUCAUCCCGGCAAGCCCCAGCCCCACCUGUGCCCUCCUCUGCACCACGCGCGCGGGUCAUCUUCCUCCCCACGCAGCCUCACGCUCACCUUGCAGAAAAGGCUCGGCUCGGCACACACGCACGCACUCUGGCUGGCGUAGGCAGCCGGCGAGAACAAUGUUUCUGCCGCGGUACCCCAGACAGCGAGCGCACACACCGGACGGUUGCUGCGAGCCGCGGGAGCGGAGUGAAAUGUCCCCUGCCGACCACCACACCGACCGCCCCUCUCGGCCCCCGUACACACCUCCAACCAACAGCGGCGGCGGGCACGUCGCGCGGAGGUCAGGAGUGUCGCGGAAUCGGCCGCAGCAGAUUCUCCUUCCUCGUCUAAGCCCGAGGCUUGGGAAUCCGGAGACCUGCAAGCUCGGGCCCCUCGAAGCCGCUUCUUCCCCAGAGCCUAAAGCUGCAACGAGCGACAAGAACACGGACGUCCCGCCCCCUUUGCCGCCGCCCCCUCUUAUUGUUUUACCCCUGCCGAAAGGGCUAGGGAACCCCCCAGAACAACGCCAGCCAAUCAGACAUCACCAUGGAGAGCAGGACCCAACCCUCUCGCGUCCCUCUGCGGAGCACGCGCAGUACGGCGCCGCGCUCGCGCACUCGGGCGUCCGGAAAGCCAGGGAACCGGAACCGGCCUAGAGCCCGGGCCAGAGCCCGCUGAUUUGACGUCACAAGGAAGCUGCCUUUCUCUUGCAGUGAUGCUGAGUCUCCUGUCCUCUCAGGUGGCGCGAACAAAAAAAGCUGGCUCCUCGCUGAGCAGUGUCUUUUACUAAAGGAUAGUCCUGGAGCCUUUAUUCGUGCUAAGAUGUCCCUAAACUAGGGGCCUGCAGGUUGCUGCCUUAACGGAGCAUUAAAAUGCAGUGUUCAACUCUGCACAGGGAGCACACCUAUUCUGCUUAUUGACCUGUUUUAGGAAAUGGAGGUUUUAAGCCUUUCAAGUCAGUAUCAUCCAGCUAGUUUAAAAGGGUUGCUGAGUCGUGCGUGGAGUAUUGGGAAAAAAAAAAACAAAACACCUUGGCCUGUAUAGACUUGGGUCUCUUGUAUGGCCUUGAUCAUCCUUAAAAGGAACCAAGCAUUUACAAACGAAGGCUCAAAGGCUUAAAAAAAUGUCGUUUACAGAUCUGGGACUCAGUUGUGGACACU